CAUGCCCUUUCCCGGCUCCCGUCGGGUACCGAUGGCGGCGGGGGACGCGGAGGUGGCUCAGCAGCAAGUGAGCGGCGGUAGGGUGACAGGGCUGCGGGGAGCAGCGCGGGUCCUGACCUGCUGCGGCAUCCUCGGGCGGGCAGCGUGAGCGCAGCCUUGAAAGCGCUGGAUUCCGGUGGCUUCUGGUGAGCCCCGGCCGUGUGGGGAGGAGCUCCCUGCCCAGGGCCUGCGGUGCUCUCCGAGCGGCAGCAGGACUGUCUUUACUCAGCGCCGGUGGGUGACCGCACCUUCGCACUGAAGACCCAUUCCAGGUGUUUAAUUUCCAGGUGGAAGGUGGCUCUCCGGUUUCUGUGGGAAUUUGCUGGAUAACUUUAAUCACUGUUCCUUAGCAAGAGCUCGUACGAAGGCCUUGGGGUGUUUUUCUUCAGGGGGAUGGAUGGCCCAGCCAGGAGCAGCACUGGCUGGGAGGCGCAGGGAUGGGUUGUAGCUGAUCCACCUGGCUUUGCUCACCUUGUCAUUGCUGAGAAUUACGGGAUUACCUAUAGAAAUACAAAAGCUGUUGUGUGUAUGAGAAAACUGAGCAAAGGUAACUUGUGCUGUGAGUCAGGACUGGAUCCACAGUAUUUAUGGCCUUCUGGUACAGUAAAUCUUGUCAGAUUGAUGAAAUUGAAGCCCUUUCAUCCAUAUAUGGUGAAGAUUGGUGUGUUGUUGAUGAAGAUGAAAAAAUCUAUUGCAUUAAGAUUAAUGAUUGCCUGGAUCAACCAAAAUGGACCCUCUGUCUUCAGGUGAUUUUGCCGCCAGGAUAUCCAACUGCAGAGCCACCUAUUUACCAACUAAAUGCUCCUUGGCUUCGAGGACAAGAUUAUAUGGAACUAGCAAAUAGCUUGGAAGAAAUAUAUAUACAGAACCUUGGUGAAAGUAUACUUUAUUUAUGGGUGGAGAAGAUACGAGAAGUUCUGAUUGAAAAGGCACAGUCAUCAGAUCCAGAACCAAAUAUUAAGAAAACCAGUGAAGAAGUUGAUGAAGAUGGUGGAGAUGAUUUUGACCUAGAUUGUCAGCCCAUUCAUGAAGAUCCAAUUAAAAUGUUAAAUUACAUUACAUCUGAAAGUCAAGAAGUAGAUGAAGAACUGCCACCCAUACAUCACGGAAACCCAAUUACAGAUCGAAGGAGUACUUUCCAGGCACAUCUGGCUCCUGUGGUGACACCCAGACAAGUAAAGAGAGUUCUUGAAAAAUUAUAUGAGAAUAAGAAAAUUGCAAGUGCAACCCACAACAUACAUGCAUACAGGAUAUACUGUGAAGAUAAGCAGACAUUCUUACAGGAUUGUGAAGAUGAUGGGGAGACAGCAGCAGGUGGACGCCUUCUUCAUCUUAUGCAGAUUUUGAAUGUCCACAAUGUGUUAGUUGUGGUGUCCCGCUGGUAUGGAGGUAUUCUCUUGGGACCAGAUCGUUUUAAACAUAUAAACAAUUGUGCAAGGAAUGUACUUGUAGAAUACAACUAUGUACCUUCAGUGGAAGAGUCAUCUAAACAAACAGGAAAGAGCAAAAAGACAAGGAAAGACAACAAGAAGAGAACAGAACACUAAUUUAUUUUUUAAAACUAUAAAAGAUUAUUUUGCACAUAUUUAUACAAAGAAACUAUGGAGUUACUGCCUUAUACAAUACAACAGACAUUUUGUAUUCGGAAGAUAAUAAAGCUAUAGAUAUAUUUUCA